CAAAGAUGCCCUUGCAGCUGUGUCUUGUGGCUAUGGAAGAACUGAGAGAUGCAGAGCGCCAACCAUUGCAGAUAAGCACAUCCCCCACCAAACCACAGGACACGUGUCAUUCACACGAUUUUCCAAUUUUCAUAUCACAAAACUAAGUUAAUUCACACCACACCACAUCACAUCGUACACACACAGUCACACUUUUGUGAAGGCCUAGGAUUGCUGAGUCAAACUUGAAUUGAAGGUGAAGAAGGAGAUGGCAGCAACUUCUUCCUUGUGUUCAUCGACCCUCCAAUCCCAAAUCAAUGGAUUCUGCCUUCACAAAACCUCUCUUUCCCAUCCUCGUUCCCUCACUUUCUCCAGGAAGAAAAUUUCAACCACAGUGAAGGCUACAUCUCGUGUUGACAAGUUUUCAAAAAGCGAUAUCAUUGUUUCUCCAUCCAUUCUUUCUGCAAACUUUGCAAAAUUGGGAGAGCAGGUGAAAGCAGUGGAGUUGGCUGGUUGUGAUUGGAUUCACGUUGAUGUAAUGGAUGGCCGUUUUGUUCCAAAUAUUACAAUUGGACCUCUUGUGGUUGAUGCAUUGCGCCCUGUGACAGAUCUUCCUUUGGAUGUACACCUGAUGAUUGUAGAGCCUGAACAAAGGGUACCAGAUUUUAUUAAGGCAGGAGCUGAUAUAGUCAGUGUUCAUUGUGAACAAUCUUCCACCAUCCAUUUGCAUCGUACUGUUAAUCAAGUGAAAAGUCUGGGAGCUAAAGCUGGAGUUGUCUUAAACCCUGCUACCCCCUUAAGUGCAAUAGAAUAUGUCCUUGAUGUGGUGGAUUUGGUCUUAAUUAUGUCCGUAAACCCUGGCUUUGGUGGCCAGAGUUUUAUUGAGAGUCAAGUAAAGAAAAUUUCUGACUUGAGAAGAGUGUGCGCGGAAAAGGGAGUGAAUCCAUGGAUUGAAGUAGAUGGUGGAGUUGGUCCAGCAAAUGCUUACAAGGUGAUUGAGGCUGGAGCCAAUGCUCUGGUUGCAGGCUCUGCUGUGUUUGGAGCUAAAGAUUAUGCCGAAGCUAUAAGAGGAAUCAAAACCAGCAAAAGACCUGAAGCAGUUGCUGUGUGAAAUGCCCAUGUGGUUCAAUAUUCACCGUAUGCUCCAACACAGUACUCAUGAAUUAGUGGCCUAUCGAGCACCAUUAUGUUGCCUGGCCUGCUGUCACCACUGGCAAUUUGCUUUUCUCUGGAAAUAACUAUAAGAAAUCAGUCCAAGUAAGGCUGCUGCUGUGAUGCGUAGUUUGUGUAUAAUCUUUUGGAGUAUCAGGACAAGUUUAAUUCAAGAUAAAGCCCUUUACUCUGUAUCACCUUGUAGCCUGUCAAUUCUAUUCCCCCAUAUUGUAAAGCAGUUGUGAUUUCUAUCAAUACAAGUUUUGAACAAAACCAGCUAAAUACAUUAUAUAUAUA